UCUAUUCUUUUCAUCCUUUUGUAAAGGUUUUUGCAUCUUCAGAACGUGGGAAACUGGACUAGCAUGAACAUGUUCUGGAAAAAAGUGACAAAUUUAUAUGCAGGUAGUGUUAGUGUGAUUAUAAAUGAAGAUUCGGUAUGCAAUUUGUUUAUAAAAAACCAUUUAAAUUGCCUUUAUUUCAAACAUGACCAAUUCAAAUACCUAAUCAUGUCUACUUUAGAAGAAUCUAAAUCACGUAUAAUUAAUAGACAGCAAAACCCUAUUUAAGUAAUUCAUCAGAAUCCAAGUCCUCCCAAUUUGCAUCAUAAAUCUCUAAAGAAAUCAUUUCAAGCAAUCUUUUGAUCGGCGUCAUUAUAAUGAUAACUUCAACCCCUAACAAUAUCACCUAAUCAUCUCAAAAUGCUCCUAAUAGACAUUUAAUUAUAGAGCCGGUCGAGUUCCACUGACCCCUUUUACACUUGUUUACAUCUUCAUCCCUUACCCCGCAAACGCGCUGAGCCAUCAAAAUGGUAUGUUUAAUUCCAAUACCCCAUACGAUUUAUUAUAACAAAGCAGAACGGGAACGAUCGACCGCUUGCCAUCUGUCGUCGUUCCGAAUCUCGAAUCGCCGAAAAAAAACUCAAUGUGCGAGCAACCCUGGGAACCUAGGAACGAGGAGCAUUCCCACGAACAACCCCUCAAUUUUCAAUAACCAAAUUAGCCUUUGCGUUACCCUAUUUCGGAUAUGAGGGAGUCGUGAAUCUAUUCAUAUCGAUAAAAAAUAUUUCACGUCUCGCUCGCGUCCCCGGUAAAUGCAUAUUUUCGUCCUAUUCGAAUGCACGUGUUCACCGAUCGUAUAUUUAAACUGCGAGCGUGUGUGUGCGAGAGCCUUCGGAUCGUAGCACCUGCCGGCGCGCGCGCACCCCAUUGGCUGAGCAACCACUAUCACCGCUACACUGAUUUCUUUUAAACUUAAUUUUUUUGUAAUACUCUCUUCGGACAUGUUAAGAAAAAAUCCUACAUGUUUGGACCGGUACGAGCCGAAUAUUUUGUGUGUAGGUGGCAUCUUAACUUUAAUAAUUCUUUUUGUAAACAAAAUGCUAAUGAACUUUGACUUGGAUGAUUCGAAUUCCGGAUCUAAGAUAUGGGGAUGCGUGUGAGGUUUACAAAUAGUGAUGCAUGCUUAUUCAAAUACUCUGCUUCUAAAAGAUGUUACUACUCAGAUACAUUAGAAAAAAUAGAUUAAAUCAAGUACAUUGCAAAAUUAAUAGUCCCGGCACACAGAGUCAGGUGUUGUUAGUGUCUCGUGACUUGCGCGUGAGCAGCGCAUGAAGUGUCCGCGCCGAGGGGUCGUGUCCCCCUGACUUAAUGACCUCGGUGAAGGGAUAACAAUCGCAUUGAAUCGGCCACCGCGAGCCGAGGGGGCAAUCAACAUGUGUUGUAUUUGCCCACAGUUGGGCGUGUGGACGGCACGUGACCGACUUUCCCAUGAACCCCUUCACACACUUGUUUGAUAUGAUAAUAAGAAUCAAAUAGGCACAUGUGAAAACUACAGACAAGUGUUUCAUUAUAAAUUCAUAGUAACAUAAUAAAUAAACUAGCUGUCAUAUUAACGAUUUAUGGAUUAACAAUACUUACGAUCUAACGAUCAACAUCUACACUAGUUAGAUAAAUCUUCAAAAUGCAGUAAAGUAGUUCCAGUACAGAUACUAAGGAGCAGAGAAAAGUGUGUUAAUUUAAUACAAAACCACUGUACCAAGCCAGACACGCAAGCUAAAAUGUAUUCAUCCCCAAAAUCAUACAUCUCAAAAACUCUUUUAUCAACUCUACCAAAAUUAUGAGAACCUGUCACGAAAUACGAAAUGCAUAUCGGGGUAUCGAAUAAACCACUUGACUCACCCACACAUACGAAGGGCGCUUUUCACGUACGCGGGCCUUUUGUGCCGGGGGCGGCGCGCGUGGUAUAAAAGGCCGGCCGGCCCAAGCAGCCCCACAUUCCCGCCUGUGAUCUCACUAGCGACACACGCUCUCUACUAUUACUAUUUAUCUAUCAAAUCUUCCAACAUGUCUUAUUACGCCAACAACGAAUACAUCAUCGCGACAAACAACUCAAUCAACGAGAACAGAUAUAACAGUGAAAAGAUGAAGAACAGCGGCAUCAAGGCGCUGUUGAGGCCUUUGAUGAAAAUGAUCAAGAGAACGACGAAGCGCGUUCCCGCCAAAACUUGCGACACGUGUUUCGAGGAGGAACAGAACUCCAGCAACGAGAUGCUGGAGCGCAAGAUCUAUGAAGAGAUGGAGGCGUGCCAGCCUGACGCCGCCUUCCUCGUGUACCAGCAAGACAACACGUGCGACCUUGUGCCAGUGACCCCGGACAACUUCUACGUACCUGUGCACUUCGCCAGGACCGAAGCCGGCACUUUCUUCUGGACCACCGUCUCCAAGACCGAGGCAGACUUCGCAGCGGCGCACUGCUACACCGAGUGCCAGACCGCGGAGCAGCAGUACCCAGUCCUGCAGGACCGCUGGGUGCAGGCCUAAGCUCUACAACUCUCGACAACUAUCAGUGUCUUCCGUGAAACCAGUGCCUGCUCCGUUGGUUUCUGCAACCGUCUGUGAUCUUAGCUUUAGUUUAGUUCAAGGUGCCAUAUAGGGAUAAGUUAGGUUACGCCUGCUCAAUACUCGUGAUAACUCCUCGAAAGCUUUAAUUGUAUUUCAUUAGUGUUGUGAUAUUUUGAAAAUAUUUGUAUUGUAUAAUUAAUGUUAGGAAAUAGUGAGCUUAGUAUUGUGAUCUUCCUGAUGAAGCUUUAAUUGUUUUAGGGAUUAUUUAUUAACUUUUACUCGUGUUAUGAAUUGGUAUAAUAUACGAAUUGAAUGAUA